AUCCAAUCCAAUUCGAGAAGAGCAUCGUCAUCAAGCUUAUCUUACGGAGUGCCAUUGAUACCAAGCACCAGUGAUCCCCAUCCCGGAACACUGUCCAAAGCACCGCCCACAAUAGCAGAUAGUUCGUUGGUGGAUACUCGCCACACGAAUUUCGAAAAGAUGACCGACGCGAAGGAUCUUCAGAAGUCGUUCCAGGCGCUGGGAAUUCCAAAAUCCCAUGCGACGGUGGGGUUGACCAAUUUGGUUGCGUCUACGAAACAGUACAGGUCGUUGUUCAUCCACCGCAGACUCCCCGACUGUGGGUGGUCUGACGUCCAGAUCCAGAGCCUGUUGUUCUUGUUUUCGACCCUCGACACCAACAACAAGACACUCGCCACCGGCAGCGGAAGCAGCGAGGAAGAGGUCCGGUGGUGCGGCGUUGGGGAACGGGAAGGCCGGGUGUAUUCGUCACUGGUGGCCCACAGGCACUUUGGGCUGAGCCACGGAAUGGGAAGGAGUGGAGACAUCACUGAGCCGCAACCAAAAGCGGCUGGAUCCAGUGUCCUCGUGAAACUCGCGCUCCACCUGACCCUGGACGCACUGCGGCGGGGGGGUGGGCUGGACGCCAAGGGGGCCGCGGCCCACGGGAUUCUGUUGCCCCUGUGCACCGGCAUGAGCAUGUCGCUCCUGUUGGGGAGCCUCCGCUCGGCGGCAACGGCGGAAAAUGAGAAAAACGACGACGGAGAACCGAUCCGAAAGGACGUUGUCCUCUGGAGUCGCAUCGACCAAAAAAGUUGUUUCAAAGCAAUACAUUCCGCGGGGCUUGUGUGCGUAGUGGUGCAGACCAAGGUCGAAGGCGACGAAGUCGUAACGGAUAUGGAUGCCAUGGAGGCCGCUCUCAGCGAGUACGGUGAACGGGUCCUGGCGGUGAUCACAACGACUUCGUGCUUUGCACCCAGGGUACCAGACGCCGUCGACAAGGUAGCCAAGCUUUGCAAAGCCUCGGGUGUAUAUCACGUCAUAAACAAUGCUUACGGUCUCCAGUGUGCCAGGACGAGCAAGCUGAUCAACAGGGCGUGCGUCGUUGGACGGGUGGAUGCUAUUGUUUGCAGCACCGACAAGAACUUUCUGGUACCUGUUGGUAAGCUAUUGUGUCGACCGAGCGAAUCGUUUGCGCCAUUCUUUGGGUUUGGAACACAAUGACCAUUUGUGCAACGCUGCGGCGCCCCUUUUCCCGUAGUAUCAAUACGAUUCGAUCCGUCGAUUUGAAUUUUCUUACACCCUGCCGUUCUUCAUCACCGUUCUCCAUGUUAUACAUUAUCGUCGCUUGUCAGGUGGCGCAAUCAUUGCAUCGCCAAACAAAAAGGUGAUUGGAGAUGUAGGGAAAGUCUAUGCGGGACGUGCAUCGUCGUCGCCGAUUGUUGAUUUGUUCAUCACGCUUCUUUCGAUGGGAAUGAACGGAUACAAACGAUUGCUAAAAGAGCGAACCACCAUUCUCGAGACAUUUCCCAAAAAACUGCAAGAAAUUUCCGAGAAACACGGCGAGCGUCUGCUUUCUUGCCCGGCGAACACGAUUAGUUUUGGUUUGACACUGGAUGGAUUGGCGAGACCAAAACUCGACGACGAGUCGGAAGAGGACUACACCAAAUCGAUCGGAAAAGAAAUUUCCAGCUUCGGAGCAAUGCUGUUUAGUAGAUGCGUUAGCGGCACCAGAGUUGUUCCACGUUCUCAGUUGAAGAUUAUGGGCGGCGAAAGUUUCGUAGGUUUUGGUAGUUCGACUUCGCAGUACCCUCACGCAUACAUGACCGCUGCUUGUGCCAUUGGUGUAAGCAUACAAGAGGUCGAGGAAUUUUACGUUCGACUCGAUAAGACUCUCACGGAGUUCGAGACGAAGAAGAAGAAAAAGACAGAAGAGCAAUAACUUCACUAUAACAAAGUUUUUCGGUUUUC